AUGGAAAAGAGCAGGGCCUUCCCGGCGGCUUCUGGCGGUACCCCAGAGGGGGAUGGCGCUAUUUCCGCGCUGGCGACUCCAAGGGUCCAUGGUGGAGUGAUGGGCGACAAUCGCGCCCACGACUCCGCCGUCGACAUGCCGGGGCUGAUUCGAGAAAUGGGAACAGGGGUAGCUUCCCCGUCGGCUCGCCCGUUGUCGCCAGCACCACCCUUGACACCCCGGGCGGCUUCAUCAAGCUCGCAUGUCCCUUUUCUCAUCAGCUCCUCCUCCAUCGCAUCCUCUCGGCGUCUCUCUUCAUCCCCCCUCUUCCUCCAUGGUACGAGCCAGAACAACGAACCAGAGACAAUCCUAUAUCCCCCAUCCAGCCUCGACCAUCCCGAUCUUGUUGUCGAUAACGCAACCUUCUACCUCUCUUCGGGGUCAAGAUCCAGCAGCACCUCCAGCUUGUGGUCGACUGAUUCGGACGACAGCGACAGCGAUAGCGAGUCGCAGACGACACCGAUCAUCACCAUGCCCGGCCAAACGUUUGACGCCCUACCGGGGCAUCAAUUCCCUUUGUCCAACACCGCCAAGAUCGACAACACCUUCCAAUUGCCGCCAUAUUCAGCUGACAGUGGGAGGAGCGAGCAAACGCCUAGCCCGCUAAGCUUUUCGCGGUGGACCAAGAAACAACAUAACUUCGACUUGCAGAACAGCCAACAAGCCCGGAAAUUGAGGCGGCGCGACCAGAGCAAAGACAGCUCGAGGCGAUAUGGUCUUACGCGGGCUGGCAGCGUUCAAAAAAGACAAUCAGGUUGUGUUCCGCAGAUGACGCGCGAGGAAUUCGAGGCUCUGCCCCUGGCGAUACAAAGAAAGUACUUCUCAACAUUGGAGCGACUGCGCUUCGCCCAAGAUUCCGGGCUCGUCGAGGGCAUCUCACGCCACUACGACGAUAUAUCAAAUUUUAAGGGCCGGAAACCCCGCCAGGGCCGUCGUGGUUCGGGACACCUUGCUGGCCGAUCCCGCGGAUCCGCCUCUGAGUUUCACUUGCCCGUGUCUGAUUCGUCGCCCACGUGCGUCAACCACCCAGAAGCAACACGAGAAGGGGGGUCUGGCCGGGGGAGCACAAAUCGCCCGAUAAUACGCCAUCGCGCCAGUGUGAUCCUUGAUGCUGCUGAUGAGGCCGUAUAUAAGCUGAACCGCCAACCCAGCCGUCGGAACCUUCCAUCCGUGGUCGACUCUCCGCCACGGUCUCUCUCGCCCGCCCGGCACAGCAUGGACUCCCACUCUCGCGCGGUGCUUGAUGGUCCUACCCAACGGCCCGCGGACGUUCCCCAAUCAUUCUACGACAGCUUCCGCUGGUUGGACGAGGAAGAGGACCUCGACCUGCGGUUGUUCCUAGACGACUACCACGCCAACCUGCGGGAAGGAACCCCCACAUCCAAACAACGGCCUUCGUUUCGUCGCACCAUGUCGAUUAACAAGGCUCCAUUCGGCCGUCGGAGUUCGAUAUCCUCCACAAGGCCUCCCACUAAGGGCGCCACCACGCCAUCCUCGCCGAUCCACAGCCCAUCUAACAGCAUUUCCGGUGAUUUCAGGACCCACGCGAGACGCAAGUCGCGUGCCCUGUCUCUGAUCGCACCCAAGCACGCCGCCCAACCAUCCAUCACGGGCUUCGACCCUGCCGCUACACACUACCAAGACCCCGAGGCCCGGUUGAAGCUGCGCGUGUACCUGGCUUCGCCACAAAAGUUUGACGAGGCCGUCGAAUUCGGGUUUCCUUCCGCCGACGCGCUCUCCCCCGCGCCGGUAGUCAACACCGACGACUCUGACUUGUACGGGGAGUCCUCUCGUGGGCCCGCUAGCAUGCGCACCUUCAUGACCGGCCUCGACGGCGACGACAACGAUGAUGACAACGUUUCUCUCUACAGCGACCGCGGGUCGUCGGCGGAGAUUGACUCCCCCAAGACACCAGAGCCGUUUGAGCAGCGGCCGAUCGUCUCGCGCCAUGCGCGUUUUGCCUCGGAGGGCGGGCUUCUUGGGCGGGACACCGGGAGGAAGACUCCAGAAGGGUAUUUCUAUGCCCAGGCCCCGGCUUCGUCGCGCGAAAUGACCCUGCGGAUGACCCUUACCCGCCCCGAUCUCCGCGCCAAUGAGGAGGAUAUGUAUGGCUGGCAGCAGCAACAACAAAAGCCCAUCUACCAGCAACAUGCACGCCGGCCUACGGCGAUGGCCGCUCUGCCCUCGGAACAGAGGAAUGUGCCCGUUCGGUACAGCGUGCAGAAGGAUAGCCUGGAUCGGUUCCCGGAAGUCGACCACUGGAACGAUGCCCCCGUCGAGAAGGGCGUCAUGCGGCGACUUUGGAACCGUGUGCGGAGGGUGUAA